GCCUGCGCCGGCGGGAGAGCGGCGGCUUCCUGCGCCGUGCGUGGCGCUGCUCCGUGCCGGCAUGGCGGGAGCCUUCCUGAUGGAGAUCAGGCGGGGGACGCAGAGCGCGCUGCUGGUUAUCCGCGCGGCGGCGGAGCUCCCCAGCGCGCCGGUGGAGGUUUCGGUGUGUGUGGAUUCCCUGGAAGUGAGGAGCGGCGGGAGCUGCGAAGCGGCGGCGCUGCCGGCAGGGGUCAGGCUGGCGCCGUCCUCGUGCCGCGGGCUCCGGCGCCUGCGCGGGGACGGGCUGUACCUGCGCGUGCGCCUGCGCGGCCCGCCGCCCGCCGCCGAUGUGGUUUGUCCUUUGAGGGAAAGCUUGAAAUCCAACAAGAAUUACAUCUUUUAUUGUCAGUCCUGUGGUGACAUCAUAGUAAAAGACCGGAAAUUUCUCAGAGUUCUUCCUCUACCAAGUGAAAACUGGAGUGAUUUAGUUGAAGAGUGGUGCUGUCACCCUGACCCCUUUGCCAGAGGCACUUUACACCCUCAGCGUGGUGACUGUUUUCUUGGAGACACUUUUUUUCUGUUGAAUUCAGGAAGUGAAUUACAUGUGCCUGAAUCUCCUGUGUGCUGCUCAGAGGCUGGACAACAUGUUUCUCAGAGUGGCUCCAACUUGAAGUCAAAAGAAAAUACCAGAGUAAUUUGUAAGCGCUGCAAGACAAUGCUGGGAGAAACAGUUUCAUCAGAUACCAUUAAAUAUUAUGUCACUGAGGUGAUUAUUCAACUAGCUGAGGAAAGUUUCAGUCCAACACCAAGGUCUCAAUUUGUACAGAGCAUGGUUGCUCAGUGUCUUUUGGAAUUAUCUUCUGCUAAAAGCACAUUUAGAUUCACCAUAAAAGGAGAUAAUGGAAAAACCUAUAUUCUGAUAUGGCUUUUAAAUUCUGACACAUUGCUGGUAGAGUCUUUAGGAAGUUUGUCCUCCCACAGCAUUUUUACACCAUUUGGAGAUAUCCUCAUGCCUAGCUCUGGACCAGUGGGAACCUGGAAUGCUGUCAAAGUCCUUUACCAGCCAUGCAUUAAAUGCAGGAAUAAGGACCUUGCUGAUGCAUGGGAAAAUGAUAUGGGAGUUCAUCCUUUAAAGUUUCCAUCAGAAACGUGUUUGGAAUUAUUGCUGAUACUGGGUUUGAGUACCGCAUCUCUGCCACCUUCACUUCGCUGCAUGAACUCUUUUCAGGGAAAAAAAGGGAAGAUGAGGAAAUGAAUUUCUUCAGUUAAGCAUUUCUCUGGAAGAACUUGGAAGAAGCACGUUUCUAUAACAGCUGAAGGAGCAAGAAGAAACAGAAAAGAGCAACUGCCGAUGUUUUAGCCAAGCCUAGCAGCAGCCCAUGUCUGCAUUGCUUGUUAUGAUUCAAGUGCAUGUUAAUAGGAGUAAAACUACAUUGGUUUGAAUGCACUGAAUAUCAGUAAUUCCCAAACUCCCAAACAGAGAGCUUCCUGGCUGUGGGCAAACACCAGCCUUGACUUGGACUCUGCAGUGUAACUGCAUUUGAUCAUCACACACUAAUGCCUACACAUGGACUUGCCCCCAUCCCUGCAGCAUGCCAGGAUAUAGGAACACAGCCUGGCUCCUGCCUGGGACUUCUGUCUUGUCUUGCUUGAUUGUAAAGAGACAAAGGAAGGAUUCUGGAGUAGAACCUGGACCAAAAUCUCUCCCUGCACCACUAGAGCCAUUAACUCCAGACCACACAGCUGUGCUGCAAGUGGGAAUGGAAAGGUGAGAAAUAAACAACCUGGCCUUAGAGACAUUAGACUGGAGUGCUGCCAGGGGAAAACAAUGGGAUGACUACACCCUCGCUUAAAAGUUUGCCCAGGAAGCCUUUUGCAGGUCACUGAAAUCUGCUUUCUGCUGACCCUGGAGCUCUUAUUCGGGACUUGUCCUGCCUUUUUUGCACUAUCUAUAGUAGGUAUGUUAGUAAAGGCCCUGGAUAUAAAAGAAUUCCUCAGGCUGUGUUGCUUCAUCUACCGCUAACAUGUCACAUCGUGGUUUGUCCUGCAAGAAUCUGGGCUGCACUCUGAAAUCCAGCUCAUUAUUCAGAGAUGAUACAACAGCUUUUGCCUGUCCUGUUUCUGCAGCUAAUAGAGCUGUCAGCUCUGCUGUCAUUCCUUGUCCUCCCAUCCAGAAACAUAUAGAAUGUCUUAAAGGAAACAGGUCAUCCUGAGACUGACUCUUGAAAUAAAAUUGACCCUUAUUCAAGUGUACAUACAAAAUAGCUUGGACUUUUAGCUUCAAUUGCUAUUUGUAUUUGCCUCUUGUUCCACAGAGAGUUAAUGUGGAUUGAAAAUAUGACAUUUUUCAGGAAAAUAUCUGUUACAGGUGCCAAAGGCUGUUCUGUUGCCAAUGCUCUGUGAUAUUUUCAUGGCAUGUUUAGAAGAAAGUCUUUCCUCUCUGUCUCCUUCAUUUGCCUUAAGCCCAGCAUUACCAUCUCAUUCAAGAGAUGAUAAUGACUGUGUUCACUUGUUGCAUUGGAUGUUUGUGCCAAGGGUAUUUAUGAAUGUUCUAGCUCAUUUUAAAUUCAAACUUCAGUGCCUGGAGACACUUUCAUAGGAAAAGCAAUUGAGUCACCGUAGCAGGGAAGGAGAGGUUCAGCAGGUAAAGUGGCACUCAGUCAAGAAGGUGCUUGUUGGCUAGUAAAGUACAGGGGAUGACAGCUGCUCUGACAAAGUGACAUUUGCAUCUCCAGAAAAGUGAGACUUCUUAAUUUAACUGGAGAAGUGUCAAGAUCAUCUGCUGAGUAAGUUAAAAGGAAGUAAGUUUCAGAUAGAAAGACAGAAAGUUUCUAGAGGGAAAAAUAAAUCUGCUCAAAGCCCCUGGAAAGAAGAUUAGUUACAGAUGGUGGUGUGGAGGAAAGGUUUUUCUCUGACAAGUGCAGCCUGUGACACAUGGCAUGCAGGGAGACAGUGCCCCUGACAUGUCAGAAGACUACCUGCAGCAAAUAAAAGGGAUAUAGAGUAAAAAGGAGCUUUUAUAUUUUUAUUUGUAAGUAGGCUGAUUAUAGCCUUCUUUAUUAUGCCUUAAAACCCUUGUUACUGCAGUGUUUAUUUUGAGUACUGUAAAUAAAUGUUCUCACUUGGAUUUUGCUCAGAUGGAGUUAAAGUACUUGAUUUAAAGCAAGAUGUUCCUUGCUGAAGGCUGCCACAGCCCUAAUAGGCAACCGGAGAUGUGGUUGCCUAGAGGUGAGGAGGUGAAGCCACUUCUUCCCACAAUGAGGGCUCUUGGCAGGAUGCUGGUGAGCAUACCUGAAUCUCGGUGAUCCUGUGGGAACUUGUUACCCAUGCACUUGAAUCAUGCUGUGUUUUUAUUCCUCUUUGUAAGAGUGAGCACCCAUGGUAGGAGUGAGCUUACUUUUCUCCAGUUCUUUCUUUGUUCAUGAGCAGCUCCUGCUUUGCUGGGGGUACAAGCAGUUUACUAGCAAUUAUGUCAGAACGUUUGCUAGCAUCUUACUUUGACUUUUAAGUCGUAAAGCAGCAAGGGGAAUUACUGCUGCCAUCUCCAAAGCAAGGCAACAAAGGCACAGAUGUAAUAAUGCAUGCACCUAAGUACUUGCCCAGUUUUUCUCACAUUCCUCUUUUUGUUUUCCCAAGCAAAAAGCAGACUCCCUAGCAACCAUUUUAAGGCUGAGGGCACACUGAAAGCAAGCUUGACAAAUGAAAGUAAAAUGCUGCAGCAUGUGGGACUGGUGGAGCAGCCCCGUGGAAUUAUCAAACCCUCAUUGUGCACAGCCCCACUGGGCUGCAUCCCUGGGGGUUACAGGGAUGGGAAAAAUGCAAGCAGCCACCUAAGCUGGUAAAGCAGGAGGUGCUUAGGAGAGAGGCUCCUGUGUCUUAGCAACUCAGAAUCCUUUCCCAGAGUUAAGUGCUGUGCUUUUUUUUUUUGCUUUUUUUUUUGCUUUUUUUUUCUUUAAGAAAGUGGUAGUGAACAUUAGGCUUACUUCUUAACAGGAGUGGAGAAAUGAAAGUCCCAGUUUUAAAUGCUGACCAAGUGGGCAGGACACUUACCUGGGCUGCAGGAAGCACAGAUUCAGAUCCUACCUUUGCCUGAGGAGAUCUGACCAUCAGUGUGUUGUGAAUAGACUCAUGGCCAGGAUGGGGUGUCUGAGACAGAACUCUGCCUAGUGGUGUCAUCUAAAGACUCAGUGCCAGCCAUGUAGUCCUGCCCUCUUCUCCAUGCCAGCUGUGAUGGCUUUCUAACCACACAGCACACUGCUACAAUUCACAAAGCAGGAGACAUUCACCUUGGUUUUGUUGCUUUAAUUUCUCCUGGAAGGGGAGAAAAAAGGAAGACACAGGUGCUGAAGAGCAGGACCUUGUUCCUUGAGUAUCAAUGACUGGACGGACCCAGUUGCACCAUUUAUGAUCUCACCUGUCAAAGCUGCUCACUCAACAUCUCACGGAACUGCAAAAUGUACCCUGAACUUGGUAAAGACUCUUUAGCCCAUAGCUGAAAUGCUCAUCUAUUAAAGGUGAGACAUGGGCUUUCUUCUCUUGUCAUGUAUUUCCCACUGUAUUUUUUUUUUCACUUGAAAUCAUACUGAGCACAUUUCAGUUGCAUACCUGUCAUAUACAGUAAAACUGAGAUUCUGCAGUCUUAAAUAACUGGCCAGGGCUCCCAAGCAGAGAAAUGUAGGAUUGAUUGUGUUUUGACUCACAUUGUGUAAUCUUCAGUUAUUAAGUAAACUAGGGCAGCUGAGCACUCCCUUCCAAACUCAAUAACAUGUAUAAUUUUGAGGAACUUUAGCAAAUGUCCUGGUUGCCUGCCCGUGGCGUGCCUUCCCAUAUCACUCGUGAGUACUGAGCUUGAUAACAGAUAGCUAGAAGUCUUCAUGUUCUCAUCUGUCAUUUUGUGCUCCAGUGGGUUCUACUAGCAACAAAUGUUAUUAGAAAUGUAUCAGCCCUUGGAGGAGAUGCAUAGGAAAAUAAUAAGGUGAAGUAAGUGUCAAAUGUCUAGCCAAGAUGAUAUUAAUACCAAUCCCCACUAAAUAAACUGUCAAACCUGUCAGUGUGACCAUCAGGCAGGGAAGUUAAAAGGUAAAAAAGCAAUCAGUGUAGCUGACUUUUAAAUAUAUCUUCCAGUUCUUAUCAAAAAUGGUUGUCAUCAUUCUUGGGGAUCUUUAUAGCAAAAAAUAAAGAGGCUGUAUAAAUGCCAGAUUUUUUUUCUCCAGAGAUUUUUUAGUGCCAGUGAAAACUUGCUGUUGCCCAGAUCCAUUAGUGUUGGUAGAGGCUGAGCAUUAGAGAACCAUAUUCUAUCCCCACCUCCAUGUACUGUUUAGAAACUUGAGUGAUUCAGAACAUCCACUGUCUGGUGUCCAUGGUCAUGGCAUAUUAGACAGGCAGUGACUAAAAUAAUUUCAGUGUCCAUGACAGGCAUCCAUAGCAGGAUGUUUGAAUUCAGCCCUAAAUCUUUUUGAUGGUGUUGAAAUCCUUACAGGAUAUCAAAUGUGUUACUUUUUUUGGAUUGGAAAAAAUUUUGAAGUUUUAUGUAAAGUACUAUGUGGUAGAACUAUGAAGGCCAAACUUGCCUAGUCACUGAGCCUGAAAAUAUUAAUAUGCACAAGGGUAAUAAAUCCUACUGAGUUACUUCACUUUAAAUAUGGUUAUUGAGCCAAUUAAAAGUGUAGUCCUCUUGAUUUCAGUUACCUUAUUUCUUAUACAUACUCAACUUAGUCCUACCAAACUUGCCCAAAAUUACAUGAUAGCACUCAGAUACUCCACAACUGACUGUUCUCCAUCAAGGCACAGUCCUGAUUUGUUAUUAAAUCAAUGCUUAUUUUA